AGAGGCGUCCAGUAGGUAGCACGGCACCCCGGCGGAGGACCGAGGACAGGCUUGUCAGUCAUGGCGGAGCCAGCCGGGACGAGGCGGAUCCUGGUGACGGGGGGCUCCGGGCUGGUGGGCAGAGCCGUGGAGAAGGUGGUGGCCGACGGAGCCGGCCAGCCCGGAGAGGAGUGGAUCUUUGUGUCGUCCAAGGAUGCCGACCUCACAGACGCGGGCCAAACCAGAGUCUUGUUUGAGAAGCAUCGGCCAACUCACGUCAUCCACCUGGCAGCCAUGGUGGGCGGCCUCUUCCGGAAUAUCAAGUACAACCUGGAUUUCUGGAGGAAAAACGUCCACAUCAACGACAACGUCCUCCAUUCCGCCUACGAGGCGGGAGUCCGGAAAGUGGUGUCGUGCCUUUCCACUUGCGUCUUCCCUGACAAGACCACGUAUCCCAUCGACGAGACGAUGAUCCACAAUGGCCCACCCCACAGCAGCAACUUUGGCUACUCGUAUGCCAAGAGAAUGAUCGACGUGCAGAACAGGGGUUACUUCCAGCAGCACGGCUGCCGCUUCACCGCCGUCAUCCCCACCAAUGUCUUCGGGCCCCACGACAACUUCAACAUCGACGACGGCCACGUGCUCCCGGGCCUCAUCCACAAGACCUACUUGGCCCAGCGGGAUGGCACGGCGCUGACCAUCUGGGGCACGGGAAAACCCCGCAGGCAGUUCAUCUACUCCCUGGAUUUGGCCCGCCUCUUCCUCUGGGUCCUGCGGGAGUACGACGAAGUGGAGCCUAUCAUCCUGUCAGUUGGCGAGGAGGAUGAAGUGUCCAUUAAGGAGGCAGCGGAGAGCAUCGUAGACGCCAUGGGCUUCAAGGGAGAGCUCACCUUCGACACCACCAAGUCCGAUGGGCAGUUUAAGAAAACCGCCAGCAACAGCAAGCUGAGGCGGUAUCUCCCGGAUUUCCAGUUCACCCCGUUCAAACAAGCCGUGACGGAAACCUGCGCUUGGUUCAAGGCCAACUACGCGGAAGCGCGGAAGUGAGCCCCUCACCGUGGCCUCUCCCCUGAAGCCCAAAUGCUGCUGCUGUGGCCGGCGCCACGGGCCUAGGGCUCAGGUUUGACACCGGGCUUGGGGGGCGGCUGUGGUUUUUGGGGGUGAAACCGCCGCCGGAGUCCAGGACGGGCCCUCUCUGCCAGCGGCAGAUUUCGGGAGAGGGACUCGUCGGCGACCGGAGGCCGGGCACCGGUUCGGAACGGAAAAGCGGGUUUUCCUACCCAGUUUGCCGCCGGGCAGACCCUUUCCUAUGCCCUCUGACAGCUUCCCCUCCGAACCCCAUAAUCCUUCCCCCCUCAUCCCAGGCGGACGACCUCGCCCGGCUCACGGGUGCCGUUGGGGGUGGGAUCCCAAGCAGCCGAGCCGGGACUGUCCGUCCCCUCCGGACGGAUGGCAGGUUCGCUCCGUCCCCCAUGUUGGGACUCCUGGAUUCCCGCCUUACCUCUGUAGGAGAAUCCUCCUCCUCCUCCCCAUCUGUACUCUUGGGCUAACGGGAUUCUUUGUUCUGUUUUUUUAAUCACUCGAGCCUCUUCCGAGAUUGAAAUAAAAGGCGUUUUCCCAGGC